AUGGCUGCCAACACAAGCGCCACAUCCGUUCCGACAUCAAUUAAACCUAAUCCUUCGAAAAAAGAGAAAGAAACUUUGCUUGCUGUGUUGCAAUUUUUGAAGAAGAACAAACUACCUGUAAGUAACAGGAUCGUAAUGCGAGUGACGUUACGUUUCUUUGAAAGGAAAGUUUAAACGCUUCCUUGUUGUGUCUGUUUCUUCAGGAAACUGAGAAGAUAUUUAGACAAGAGGUCAAUGGCUUGGAAGAUAUAGAAGAAAUAAAUCUGCAGACAACACCAGAUUCAGAGGCAGAUAUCUCAUCAGUAUUAUCUGCAUAUAAUAGGUAGGAUGAGAAAUUGCUUGAACGACGCGGACUUUAAAACAGAUCAUAUCAGAAACAUUUGCUUUGAUCGUCUCUAUCAUCUGUCUGCCAGAUAGAUUGAUCACACAAGUACAAUGCAUGUACUUAAAAUAUUCUGAAUGCAAAGUUCAAUAAAUAUUACGUGCCUUGAAAUCUACUCAUGUGAAAUGUGACUUAACACUAAGUUGUGUAUUGUCUUGUGACGUGUGGCUUGCUUGUUUUUUUUUUUUACCAUUAUUAGUGAUGCAGACCCAACAAGAUAUGAAGACUAUUAUAGCAGGUAGACAAUGCCUUAUACAUUGUAACAUUUAAGACUAUUAAACCCCACUUUGGAUUAACUUGAAGUCACCCUACAAUUUUAUAGCACAGUAGGCAUGUCAAACCUGUAAUGUUAGUAAUAUUAAUUUUCUUAUAGUUUACAAGCAUUUGUUGAAAAGUCUUUGGAUGUAUACAAGGUGAGAAUGUUAAUCCUUCCACAUUUUAUGAUCGACAAUAAAAAUUAAUGUGCUGAAAACUCAUUAUUGUUAUUGUUAUUAGCAUCAUCAUGUAUGGUUCAAUUUUAUCCUUGAUUUUUGUAUCUGUUAAUUUUUUGUGUGUGUUUGUGGAGAACUCAUAACCAUAUGUAUAGUUUACAGCAAAUUUAAAAACAUCAAUAUGUUUUUAAGGAUGUGACAAAUUAAACUUCCUCUUACAAACACUAACAAUAAUAAAUAUUGUGUUUUUAGCCUGAGUUGGCCAUGGUUUUGUAUCCAAUGUUUGUUCACAUGUACCUAGAACUUGUUUAUAAAGGAAGUGAAAAAGAAGGUAAGACUAGCAAUUUAUUCUAGUCACACUUUUUAUACAAUUAUUGGAUGAGGUUUUUGUGAUAUCCAGAAUACUAAUCAAGAUGGAGGUACAUGUAACAAGGCUGUGCUCUAGCGGAGCCUGGUGGUCCCUGGCGCACAACUCUUGCUCUCAGAAAAUAAGGACAAACACAGCAUUGCAUAGAACACAGUAUGACAUUGCUUUUGGAAAUCAUGCAUUGCACAUCCAAACUACUUAUCUGUUAGCAGAUAACUAACUUAUAUGUUAGGUUGUGCUGCUGUAGGCUCUUAGCCAAUGAGAAGACAGAUUGUGAGCACAAUGUAUAAUAAUGAUAGAGAUCUGACAGAGAAAUCUGGAACAACAGUGUUUCUAUGUAUGCUACAUGUGCUCCUAUUGCCUGUGGUCAAGCCUAUGUAUAGCAUUGCCUUCCGUACAGGUACACAGGUGUACAGGUUUUUCUGCUUUGGGGGAAGGUAUUGUGUUACGUAAAUUUAGGCUACCUUUUGGUUUUUUUGGGUAACCAACUAAAGUUAAGAUAACUGUAUUUACAGCACAAUCCUUCUUUGCGUGUUUCCUUGGAAGUCAAGAAGAUUACCAUGAAGAAGAUCUGAAUAAGUUAGCUGCUAUUACCCGACGCGAGCACAUGAAAAGUAAUGAGUUCAUGGGAACAUUAAGGUAUUGACAUGACAAAUAACUUAAUUGAUCUAGAUCUUAGGGUUUUUUAUUUUAUUUAUGACUGAAGGAUUACUGUGUAUCAGAAGCUAUACAUGUAGUUUCUUUUUCAAAGUCUUUCCUGGAAAGUUAAGUCUCUUUGCUAUCAUGUACAUGUAUUUGCUUAAAGUAGCUUUUGCCCGUCAGGGCAUAUCUGGUAGUGUAAUUAACUAUAUUUUUGGAACAUUUUGCUCUCAAAUGACACUAUAAAUUGUUAAACAAGAAGUUAAUUGAAUGUGAGCUACAACAACCAUUUCAAAACAGGGGUGGUAUUCCCCUGGACCUCUUCCUUCCCUUUCCAUGCAACUUAUCUGUCAUUAUUGUUUUGACACCGAUGAAUUGGUGUUGAAAAAUAUUUCAGCACUCAAACAGAAAUUUCAUAUCUCCGCACGGCAAUAUAAUAUCCUUUAUUCAAAAAACAUUUGUUUUCCUAUUGUAGGAGUAACAAGUUUGUGAUAAGGAUGUCAAAGGAUACAUAUCAAGUUCUGAAGAAACAUUUACAGGUGUGCUAGAAGCUUUUACCUUCUUCAGGUUCUGUUUCCAAUAUUUUCCACCAGUUUUGCAUCUAUCAUCCAAAGCUGUGGUCCCUAGACAAUUUUGAUCUCAAUUCCAGUCAAGAAUUUUUGUGUUUUUCACAGCAAUUAAUUUGUAUAUUGUUUUAAGAUUAUUUUACACAAAAUGAGUGAUUUCUUAUGGCAUUUUAUUUUGCAGGACCAACAACAAGAUCUACUGCUGACCCUAAUUCAACAACAUCUUCAUUUUGAUGGUACUUUAAUUUGUUUCCCAUGCAAUUUCAUAUAAUAUGGUAUGUUUCUGAAGAAUACAGUAUACUCUGUACAAGUAUUUUGCUAGCCUUAUAAAUAGCAAUUUACACAUCCAGCGAUGUUUUUUUUUCGUCCUUGGACAGUUUUUGAAGGAAGGCCAAGAAACAAGCAAACAAUAGAAGCCACUGCAGGUGCAGUAACGGGCGAGGCAACAUUUGAAGGUAAGUUGCUCAGAUUUUGGUGGUGAGAACAGUAAUGAUGAUGAUGAGUAAUAAAUAAAUACUAAAUGAAUAAUAAUAAAUAAAUAAUGAUUUGGAGGUAGCACAUCCACAAAGUGGUUCUUCAUCUACGUGAUUCCUGGUCGAAUUGGAAUUUGGAAAUGUUGGUUUUUGAGGAGAGGGGAAAACCGGAGUACCUGGAGAAAAACCUCUCGGAGUAAAGGAGAGAACCAACAACAAACUCAACCCGCAUAUGGCGUCGACGCUGGGAUUUGAACCCGGCCAACAUUGGUGGGAGGCAAGUGCUCUCACCACUGCGCCAUCCCUUGCUCCCCAAUGAUAAUGAUGAGGAGGAGGAGGAGGAGGAUGACCACAGCAAUAAAAAAGACAAUGGGAAUUUUUUAGGUUUAAAAUAACUCAUUGAUAAAUAAUUGUUAAUAAUUAUUAGUAAUUUAUUGUUAGUCCAAUAAGAAAAUGGCUCUAUCCCUUUUUAAGACGUCCACUUUAGUACAUGUAUUUGUUUUCUUGAGGAUGUUGUAUUUAUCUAUUUACAGCUAAUAAGAGCAAGGUAUAUUAUGGGAUUCCACCAGAGCCUGAUCUUGGAGUUGUAAUAGAAGAAGAGAAUGAAGAUGAGGAUGAUAAAGACAAACCAAAGGUGACAUUAUCAUCAUCACUACAACGAUAUCAAACAAAGAAUCAUAAGUUCACUUCAGUUCAGUUUAUUCACAAGUCUGUAAUAUUUUCACUGUAUAUAAAAUAACAAAUAAGACCAAAAAAAGAAAAGAAAGACAUUAAUGACUUUGGUAGAAGUGUACGGUGGUCAGAGGAGUUUAAUAACCAAUUUAUAUGUAGUUAACUUUGAGAUUUAAGCAGAGAGUGUACACUGUAAAUUGCAACAUUACUGAUUUUGUCUUUGUUUGCGUAUUUUUUUUUUCUAGAAAAAGAAAGUAAAAAAAGAUUCAAAUGGGCCAGGUAAAGAAUCCCUUGGUAUAAAUAAAUACUGAUGAAGACUAUACCAGUUACCAAGAUCUUUAAAAAAAAUAAAACUUAUGGCUGUUGAGCUAUUGAAGGCAUUUAUUACCAACAAAUCAUUAACUCUGAUGACUCUCAAAAUGUCACCUUUUUAGUCUGCUUUUGUGGUAACUAAUUUGAGUUUACCAACUCAUUUGAUAAAGCCAUAAUUUGGUGUUUCACCGCCACUCUGUUCUGUCAAACCCCUAAAAAAAUUCCAUAAGACAUAAGAAAAGCCUGAACUGUACCAUAAAGGUCAGUCUUGAUGACAAUUUAUCCUUGACAACUUACAGCAGUGGCCGAUCCAGACCUUCAGGUAAGGGGGGACACGGUCAUCCAGACCCUGAGAUAAGGGGGGGUGCGUUCUCGAAAAAAAAUUUUUUUUCGGCCCUUCAGGCCUCACUUCGAUCUAAAACUGGGGGGGGGGGGCGGGCCCCCCAGGCCCCUCCCCUGAAUCCACCAGUGUACAGUGCAAGGUAGUUAUAGAGUAAUGAGUUUCACAAUGGCCUGAUACACCUCUUUAGGGAAGAAGAAACAAGAACACAACCCAAAUGCUCCACCACUCAACCGGCAGAUUCAGUUUCCAGUCAUGUAAGUAUGCUACUGGAAAUACGAAAUGCACUGCUGUAGGUCUGUAUGUGGUCCCACUAGAUACAGCAUUGCUCAUGCAAAAGUAAGCUAACACCCUCUAGUGAAAUGCAAAUCGCAUUGCACGCUACAUGAUUCUCAUCGUGCGCUUCACGAUUCUGUAGUGCAAGGCACAAUUCUUGCAGCGCGCGAUGCUCUAAACACUGUAAGUAUCAUCUUGUGUAAUUCUAAGAAACGUUACCGUGACUAACAUGCAAACAGUUUUAACUGCUGCGACCUACAGACUGUUGAGUAUAUUCACCUUUUAAGGGAUCAACAUGUCGGUAUGUUCUUAAACUUUUUGUCGAAAGCCUCUUGGAUUCUAAGCCAUGAUAGAAUGACCUACAUAGCGGUACUCAGUUUUUGGAGAGGGUAGAUUGUUUAUAUACAGCAGUGUACACAUUGGCUGUUGAUUCUGUUUGUCUCUACUCCAGCCACCUGUGGUUACGUUUGACGAAGCCCGAAACCAUAGUUAUGUGGCCCAAAAAUUUUGUAGUGUUCAAUAGCGUCCUAUUAUCUUUAUCACGCUUGUUUCGUCUCAUCAAAUCUUAAAGAAUGAAUCAUAUUACACAUUUAACCAGCUUGUUCCGUCUCAUUAUCGCUUAAAGAACGAGAUCUAUUACAUACACUAUUUUUAAUACUAAGAAUUCGGGCGACAUAACUCAGGAUUUCGGGUGACUUUACUAAAAAUUUCAGGCUCAGAACUUCGGGAGACUUGACCGGUUACUAGUCUAACAUUGACACUAUUUGAAUAAGAUUCGAUUUUAAAGUGGAGUUUUUCACCUUGCAGGAAAGACAGUGAUAAACUAGUGAAGAUAACUUUACUGAGAGAAGCUGCUAAAAGAGUAACACUUAGUCCUGAUAAUCUUCCCUCUAUCUGCUUUUACAGUGUACUCAAUGCUCAUUCAAGGUAAUAACAAAAUUAACAUUAAAGGUGGCUGAAUCUUUCAAAAUUUCAUGUUGUUGUUCGCUUAAGUAAGAAUACUCCCAUGUGAAAUUACUGCUGAAGAGGUUUCAUUUGAUUGGCCACACCAGAAGAUUUCAUCCACAGACUCAAAAGGUAGAAACUACACUCAUUCCAAAUCAAAACAAAGGAUAUAUAUCUUGAAAAACGCCGCGGAAGACAAUUCAUNACACUAUUUGAAUAAGAUUCGAUUUUAAAGUGGAGUUUUUCACCUUGCAGGAAAGACAGUGAUAAACUAGUGAAGAUAACUUUACUGAGAGAAGCUGCUAAAAGAGUAACACUUAGUCCUGAUAAUCUUCCCUCUAUCUGCUUUUACAGUGUACUCAAUGCUCAUUCAAGGUAAUAACAAAAUUAACAUUAAAGGUGGCUGAAUCUUUCAAAAUUUCAUGUUGUUGUUCGCUUAAGUAAGAAUACUCCCAUGUGAAAUUACUGCUGAAGAGGUUUCAUUUGAUUGGCCACACCAGAAGAUUUCAUCCACAGACUCAAAAGGUAGAAACUACACUCAUUCCAAAUCAAAACAAAGGAUAUAUAUCUUGAAAAACGCCGCGGAAGACAAUUCAUUUCACCACACCGUAGGUUUUCAUUUGUUAACACGCAACGAAGGAUUGGCAAAAGCAGUGAAUUUACAAAAACUGGUUAUGGCUUUUUUUACGGUAUGUGUUAGUGCAAAUUGCAUAUUUACAGAGAAGAGCAAAGUCACGCAAUUUCUCUGUUUGAGCAGUACAUUAUUCAUGUGCGCGUGACGAACAAUGUGCAUCAAAUUGUAAAACAUUAUUCAUUAUUAAGUGUAAAGAUUGCUUUAUACCUAAGGGUAAGAAAGAUCUCUGAAAAUGGCAGAGUUGCAGAGAUGACCUUUCACCAUUAUUGCUGGAUCGAAAUAUCUUAUGUACUUCGUAUGAAUUUCGUCUCUUAAUCUUCUUGCCUCUCUUGUAGUUUAAACACGGUUAGUAUAUCGGAGGAUUCGAGCCUUCUAUCCGGUGGAUUUGAGGACAGCAGUGUUCGUGUUUGGAGCCUUACACCCAAGAAACUACGCAUGCUCAAACCCCCCUCUGAACUUGCUCAAAUCGAUAAGGAAGCAGGUCAGUGA